AUGAAGCCUGCAUUCUCGGAUGCGUACGGGGUUUCUACUGCGAACUGCUGGGGAAGAAGAGCCCUCUUGAAUUCCGCGCUGGAACAACCGAUGCUCUUCCCCGAUCCAUUCCGAUCUGCUAGCCUUGACGGCACUCUACCGCUUACAAGAUCCUUCCUCACGGCUGCUGCAGUAUCGCUGUCCUUUCGCAUGAGCCAUAAGAUCAACCCGUUCGAGCACUUCAGACUGUGGCACAGCUUCGUCGCAUAUCUUCCCAUCGUUAUAGCUGACGAUCGAGCGAUGCUGACUAUAUUUACUCAAGAUGGUAUACCGGAAGAGUCAAACAGUAGAGACAGACGUGCUUUUGACUGGGCAGCGAAGACAGCAGAGGAUGAUGAAGAGGAGGAGAAAUGGAUCUGCUACUCACUCUCAGAGCUUGAUGACACUUUUCGCUACGAGCAAUCACCCCAUCCGAGUAUUAGCUACCAGCAAGAUGUCGGGUCAGCUUCUAGCUAUCAGCAUCUCGCCGAGCCAACUUCUAGCUAUCAGCAUGCCGUCGAGCCAGCUUCUAGCUACCCGGCACCCUUGAUCACUAUAACCAGCUAUCCGGAGUUGUUCAGUCCGCAUUUGCGAUAUCGCUUCCCCCCACAUUUAAUGCCUGGCGACCCAGAUCCAAUGCUUUUCGACCCAGCUUUUAUGCCUAUCGAACUAAACGAUCCCGAACCGUCUGUUGCCUACAGACCCUACACGAAUCAAUACCGCUACCCAUCCCGGCAGCCAAAUUUGUCACCCCAGGCACAGUGGAUUACCGAUGUGGAGGACAAAGAUCAAGACGACUCAGAAAAAGUCGACAGCUUUGACCUUGACGAUCUCCCUCUUAAUGCAGAGUUAACACCCAAUCUCGAGCACUACCCCUACCUAUCCUCUCUCGACCCCGACCCCGACCCCGACCCCGAUUCCCACCCCCAUCAGUAUUCCCGUCCGUUGUACAGUUAUCAAUCUCGGUCUGACCCUGGGUUGUAUGACGGCAUUGACGCGAAAACAUCAGAAGGGUUAAGUGAUGUAAGAAGUAGACACGGUAGUGGCACUACGCCUAAUGUGAACAUAUCCGGUAUGAAUUUCGGUGAUACCAAUGAUAGUUCACGUAUCAACUCCGGUAAUACGACUAGUCCAGCUCUAGAAGACGAAGGAGGAGCUGACAGUGCGAACGCAUCCGCUGUCUCAGAUGAAGAAUUAGGCAUUUCACCCAGUACUUACCACACGCCUCACCUCAUGCCUCUGCAGAACUUGCAGUACCACCGCCUUUUGCAUGACUGGAAAACCAUCCAAGCCUCCCUUCCAGCCGACUGGCAAUGGGACGUUGAAUACCAUACCACAAAGGCGAACCACAGUGGGCAGCAUGGAUCUUGGACGUGUACACCUCUUGACCUUCUUGAGCAGAAGUGUUAUCCACUUACUAUUGCUGGAGCACCCGUUAUAAUUCCAGUGGAGUACAGAUGGCCUCCAGAGAGUGGACUUACGCCACCCCCUGAUCCGCGAGCUACAACGCCAAUCGACUGCUGGGCCACGCUACCUUUGGAGCUAGUGAAAGAUCUUUUCCUGACUUUCAAAGACAGCAUCGGAUUCUAUGUUUUGAUAAAUGGCCUUCUCCAAGUCAUUGUGCCAGAAUACUAUGAUACUAGCUGGGCGUCAUCACACCUGCCACACAAAUAUGGCGGCCUCAAGGUCUGCUACAUCGAACAAAACCUUGAACCUACCAUGUUGCCGAGUGCAACUGAUACAAGUAGGGUCACGACGUCUGGGUCGCCAGUCGGGUCGCAUGAUGUAUCGGGUAUCUUCCGGCCUGCCAGCCUGUCGACCCAAUCCGUCAUCAAAUUCCCAUCACUCAAACUUAACGACUUGAUAGAAGCUCGCGCGGUAUCCAAUCAUAGAAGGGAGAGAUUUUCUGGACGUGUUGGUCUCAGAGUGACACGAGCUGGUUUGGAACCAUUGAUAGUUAUGUCUACGCACGUUAUCACUGAGGCCAUACUUGCAAAGUCUCAUAGGGACACCAUAUUCAGCCGUGGUCUUGAUGAUCGCUUCAAAAAGCUGGAGGAUGAUUGGAAUGAACAUGUCAACAUCUGGGCAGGUGAAAAAAAGAUCGGCACCAUCGACAAAACUUUUGACAAAGAGGCGAAGCUCUAUCCGGCCGGUUUCAAACAUGACAUCACGCUCAUAAAACCGUCACCCCCUGCUGUGGUGCAGGACAUUGUGUCUCCCGUAGCAAAUCUCGGAUGGCUGCAUCAAAAGUCAUGGAAUUCUCUUCGCCAACAAACAUCAACGGUCAAAAUUCUGGCUGAUGCUGAAAGCUCCCGGUUAGGAAAAAGCAUAAAGUGCAGUCGCCCGUCCGAUGUUCUCGUUGUAGGCGAAGGCAUCUUCCUUAACCAGAAGGCCGCAGCAGGUAGCUCAAAAAGUCUUAAAGACCACGAUGCGUCAACAUGGAACGACCUCGUGUCGCGCGCUCUCUUGUAUCGUGUAUAUCCCGACUUCGAUCCACCAAACGGUCACAGUGGUACCGCACUGUAUGCAGAAGGGGCCAGAGAGGACGGUACCGAGGGUCCAGGCAUUGUAGGUUUCCAGAGCUUCGUACAGCGUAGCGGCCAUGUACAAAAUUUCGAGAUGGAGGGUCCUGCGCUCGAACGAAGAUUGCAACUCGGGCGGGUCGCGUUCUACGGAGCGUUCGAGGUUCCUUCAGAGCUGAAGCAGUAUGACAUCGUUUGA